GUGUAGUAUUUUGCUAGCUGAAUAGUAAUUUUGUUCUGUGCGUGUGAGAAAAGGAAGAAAAGAGGGUCGCCUAUAGCGAGGUGCUGCUGGGUUGGAAGAAGGUACUUUUUUUUAUUAUUAUUGUUCGCGCACUCUGCCCGUUUCCACCUCCUUAUCCUGGCGAAAGGUUGAACGGUUAAAAUGGAGGCGGAUAGAUCCGGCGGAGGACCAAACCCGAACUCCGGAGGCGGCAGCAGCGGCAGCGGAGCGGGGCGCAACCCAAACGGGCCCAAAGCAGCACCGGGCCAGGCGACAUCAGCUGCGGCGACCGGGGCGAUGGCGGCAGCGGCGGCGGCGGCAGCGGCCGGGGCCAUGCCCGGAUCGUCGCAGGCUCGGGAGCUACAGGACGGGGACUCGGGCAUGACGCUUCCUGGGAUCCUUCACUUCAUCCAGUACGAGUGGGGACGUUUCCAGGCCGAGAAAUACCGCUGGGAGGCUGAGAGAGACGAACUCAGGGCUCAGGUGGCGUUCCUACAGGGUGAGAGGAAAGGACAGGAGAAUAUGAAACAGGACCUGGUGAGGCGGAUCAAAAUGCUGGAGUACGCCCUCAAACAAGAGAGGGCUAAGCACCAGAAGCUGAAGACAGGAAACGACCAGAGUCCAGGAGACAAGAAACCAGAGACAGAGGCAGACCAACUUCCCAAUGGGCCGGCUGAGUCAGACUCCGAGCCAGCCAAUCAGAUGUCCUGGAAGGAGGGACGUCAGCUACUACGCAAAUAUCUUGAGGAAGUUGGUUAUUCAGACACUAUCCUGGACAUGCGGUCAAAGCGUGUGCGCUCCCUGCUCGGGCGGAGCAGCCCCGAAGCUAACGGGCCUCCACCCAGUGAAACCUGUCCUGAACCUGAGCCCCGGGCAGGCGGAGAGUCGUUGUUGGUCAGACAGAUAGAGGAACAGAUCAAGAGGAACGCGGGCAAGGAAAGCUCAAAGGAACGUCUGGGUGGCUCAGUCCUCGAUAAGAUCCCCUUCCUGCACGGCUGCGAGGAUGACGAUGAAGACGACAGUGACGAGGAAGACGACUUCCAAGGCAUGGCCACUGACUGCAUCGAUGGACCGCGCAAGAACAAGAAGUCUCGUGUAAAGAUGGGUUCGGAGCCGAUGACCACAGACUUGGACCCGGAGGACGAGGAGGACGAAGACGACUCGGAAGACGCCCUCAGUGAAUUUGACUUCCUGGGCUCGGGGGAGGAUGGGGAGGGGGCGGGAGAGGCCCGGAUCUCGGGGGACGGACGGGAGUUAGAGAACCGCAGGAACAAGUUACAAGGCAUGAUGUCGGACUUCCCCCCUAAACCCACCCCGCCCCCCUCCGUAUCGGGACAGGCUCGCUCUGGGGAAGGUGGCGCCCUGGGUUUCUCCUCUGAUGUCUUCAUUAUGGAUGCUGUUGGAGGAGGGGACAUGAACCUGGGUGAACUGGCUGAUCUCACCGUUGCAAAUGACAACGAUCUCUCCAUGGAUAUGCAGGAUAACAGGGAGGAGUUUAAGAAGACAUGGAACCCUCGUUUCACGCUACGCAGCCACUUUGACGCUAUCCGCGCUUUGACCUUUCACCCCAGCCAGGCGGUGCUGCUCACAGCCUCCGAGGAUGGAACAUUAAAGCUGUGGAACCUCAACAAGGCCAUGCACUCAAAAAAGAAUGCAGCGCUGGAUGUUGAGCCCAUUUACACAUUCAGAGCACACAGUGGAGCUGUCCUGUCACUAACCAUGGGCGAGGACGGAGAUUCCUGCUACAGCGGAGGUCUAGAUGGAACUGUCAGAUGUUGGAAGAUGCCAGACCUCAAUGUGGAUCCGUAUGAUAACUAUGAUCCUGGCAUCGAGAGCAGCGCACUCGCCGGCCAUGAGGACAGCGUGUGGGGUCUAACUUACUCGGCAGUUCACCAUCGUCUUGCUUCGUGCUCAGCCGAUGGCACCAUUCGCAUUUGGGACCCUCAGAACUCAGCUCCCUGCCUGUCUGUCUUCAACAAGGAGAGAGAGCAUGGAACACCCACCUCAGUAGCCUUUGUUGCUACUGACCCUAACCAGGUGGUAGUUUCAUUUGACGCUGGCGAGACGCUGCUCUACGACCUCAACACAGAGCAGAGCGUCACUGCGCUAGAGACGCAGACCAAGGAUGGCAGUGAGCUGAUCAACCGUGUGGUCAGUCACCCAUCUGAGCCCGUCUCCAUCACUGCACAUGAGAACCGCACCAUCCGCUUCCUAGACAACAAAACAGGUAAAGUUGUCCAUUCAAUGGUGGCUCACCUUGAUGCGGUCACCUGUCUCACUACAGACCCUAAAGGCACUUACCUCAUCUCCGGCAGUCACGACUGCUCGGUGCGCCUGUGGAUGCUGGACAACAGGACGUGCGUGCAGGAGAUCACGGCUCACAGGAAGAAGCACGACGAGGCCAUCCAUGACGUGGCCUUCCACUCUUCACAGCCCUUCAUUGCCAGCGCUGGCGCAGAUGCACUUGCCAAGAUCUUUGUCUGACAGCGCUGUCGACAUUCUGAGUCCUAAAAAAAUAACUGGGCCAAAAGAGACUGAAGACUACAGUGGACAAAUUUCACCUGCACACACACACACACACACAAAAACACUUGUCCUGCACCCCACUGGCUGGGUCACCACCACAGGACGUCACCUCCCCUCAACUCCUCACUGUUCUCUGAUGCCUCAGUGACUUCUUGUAAUACUAAUCACAAUGCUUUUUUAUAAAAUCCCGGCUGCUCCGUUUUCGAAUGAUCAUGUUUGGAGUAACACUUUUCUACACUACAGUAUUCUGUUCCGCUUUUUUUUCAUGCUACAAACACUUAUCACAAACCACCAUGUGUGUGUUUGUGCGCCUGAACUGCUGACACACUACUCAUAUUUCAAGGAGAAACCACAGAGGAAACGCUCACACAACACACAGACAACCGCAUUUCAUUUUAAAUCUUUUUUUCAUUUAACGACUCGCUUGUGGCUAACAUACAUAUGUAGGCAUGACUAUUAGCAGUUAACUUUCCGAGUGUCGGCAGAAAACUGACCAACCUUUCCGUAGGAAAUCAGUGUAUUACAUUCCAAAGACUUCAGGUGGAGUGUGUGGUGUCGUAUUCGGGGUUGGAGAAUGUUAAACUGUGUGUGAUGUGAGGAGGCAUUAUAAGGUUGCAAACCAGUGUUGAACAAAUAGCUUUAAUUUCAACUUUAUGGCCAAGACACCAAGUCUCACUGUAUGUCUGAGUAUUAUAGCGUCCCCUUGAUUCUGCCUCUGUGUGUGUGUGUGUGUGUGUGUGUGUGUGUGUGUGUGUGUGUGUGUGUGUGUGUGCGUGCGUGUCUAUGCGUUAGAUAAACUGUCACCCUGCUGUACAAGAUGAACAUAUUUCCACAAUCACGGUCCAUUUUUACAAAUGUUACAGUCUAAACUCUGCAGACUGAUGCUCUCACACCACAUUAACUAGCUAAAGAUAGAUAUCAUGAGAGUGCAGUUAAAGUCUGUAGACUUACAGGGGUGGUAAGGCCAGUCUGUAUGUUAUCAACAAAUGAUGCUGAAUGUGUCAUUUGGUGCUUUUUACUGUACAGAAAACGUGUGCGCGUGUGUUUGUAUAUGCACUAGUUAAAUCACGGUGCUAUGAAAGACCUUGUCAGUCUUGAGUCAGAAUCAGGGACCCGUUUUGUGUUUGUACUUGUGAGAACGAGAGACUGUGUUUCUCACUCAUCAGGCUACAGAUCUCCACUGAGUGAAUCUGCUUUUUAAAUGACAUUUCAUCGUUGAAUAAUUUCAUUAACUGUGGUCACAUUUCAGAAUUAACGGUCACUGUUAACUUCUCUCAUUAGAGGGAUGUGAAUAAUUUUGGGCUUUGAUCAUUUCAGGCUUGAGGAGUGUACAGAGCUGAUGAUAAUUAUGUUACAGUGAGGACCACUUGGACUGAAAACAUUUCCUGAGAUGAGAGCUGCUCAGAUCGUCUUGUUCAUUUCAUCCUUAAGUCGGUGCCAGUUUGUAGGCGAUGCUCGGUUCUGGCUUUUUGUUAUUUAUUCGGGCUUGAAAAAAGAAAGCUUGACAAAACAUUCAGUUAUGUGAUGAGGUGAGGAUCCUUCAUCUUGUUUUUGACGUGCAUCAGUUGCACAGUAGCACAUUACCCAGAUGUGUGCUGGGAGAAAAAAAAAGUAGGAAGUCACUUUUGUCAUUUCAAUAAGAAAAAAAAAAGACAGAAUUCAUUUAAAGGAAUAGUUCCCCCAUAAAAUGACCAUGAUUUGGUACCUUGAAUACAUGAAAAAAAAACUUUUUUUCACAUGCUUCCAUGGAAUACAGCAGACAUAUUGAUUUAUUGAUUGAUUAUGAACCUUGUUCAACAACAGCAAAAUUACAUCAGAACAUCUGCUUCCAAACUCUUACACAACUCAGCUUCAUUAAAAACCCCUUUCCCACGGCAGAAAAACCCCACUAACACCCACUAAUAUCUGGUUUUUGUUUGUAAGGGAAAAGGUAACAAUCGGCAUUCACUGCUGGUGCAAAUGACUGCAGUAGUCAUGGAUAUUUAUCAGCUCCAGCUCUGUUCUCCGGUGUUGGAAAUACAACAGCUAGGAGAACAUGCUAAUUUUAGCCCCUGUACUGGCAACAUGCAAUGACAUGCCAUCACAUAAUACCAUCCUCCAGAAAAAAAAAACAAAACCCACACACACAGAAAGGUACACUUGUCUGCUGCAGAGCCAUGUACACAGCUCUAAUCUACUGGUAAUAGGAAAGGAGUCAUUGUCUGUUUUUAGUGGAUUUUUCCAUGUUAAAAAUGCCUGCGCAUUUUAGAUUUUGGAAAACGGAUACAAGGGGUAUUUAUCCAAUUGUACACUCAGUACUUCCCAAACAAUAUGCAUUUUCACUAAAAACAGUUAGUAUUGGAGUCUGGCUUUAAAAAGAGCAUAGAUAAGUUUCAUUUUCAGUUUAGUUUUAAAAAGUAAAGUUUUAGUUCGGUCUUACUGCACGAGUUUUGUGUGAGUUUGUAAACUAAUGUUUUUAUAUGGUUUUGCUGCUGUUGAAUAUGAUCCCCAAUCAGUUACUAAGUUGAUAUGUUGACUUUUCCAUGGAGGCGUGCAAGUAACUUUGUAUUCACGAAUUCAAGGCAACAUGGCAUGACCAACUGAUAAAAAAUUGUCAUUUUAUGGGUGAAGUAUUUCUUUAAGAAGUAUUCGUAACAUGACUCUGCACCUAAUCUGUCAUGCCCAUUUGUUAUGGUUCUGCUUUUUUGAACAUAAACCAGAGAAAAAUUGGCUUCAGUGGAAACAUUGUUCCUUAGAGACAGGUCUCUGUGUCCUGCAUUUACACUGAUACCUGCAGGACACAUGUUAGAUUGAUUUGGGUAAAAGCUGCCCCUUAACAGCUGACCUGACUUGAAAUUACUUGACCGGUAGUUUUAUCUUUUACACUGAGAAGAUAAAAUCUGGUGUUUAAUCAGUUGGUUAAGGGGUACCCUCCACCUCUUGAAGAUUACAGGGUUACUCUCGGGGUCUGAGGUCAGAUCUAAGGGUUCAAAGUAGCCUAGAGGUAAAUAGUCUUUACCUUUCCUCAUCACUGGGGACACUAGCAUUCAUAGUUCAGAUAUUUCCUCCUGAAACAGGGUGGUGGACUGUGGACAUUAUUGUUCUGCUGCUGGACAUAACGUCCUGGUAUCACAUUUAACUACUAUUUGGCUCCACUUUGCACUACAUCUAAUAGUAGGAGCUUUUGGUGAGGAGUGGUUACAGACAGGGUGCAGAAAUAAUGUUUUGCAGGUGUUUCUUAUACAAUCUGAAGUAAAUACUACAGGAGCGAAACCUGUUGUGGCUCACAACUUUAUGAGCUACUGAUGGCCAACUUUCUUUUCACUCUGAUGUACUACGUUCCCUCUCUGGGAAUAAAGACAAAUCACUUUGACACAUCAAAAAAGGAAAAAAAAAAGAAAAAAAGAAAUCGAAACAGAGGUUGUAAAUGAUGACUAGAGAUGCCAUUACGUGCUGUAAAUGUCCAUCAUUUCCUUGUUUUCUUUUUUGCAUUUCUUUUCUUUGAUUAUGAAUAUGAUUAUUAAGAUGUAAGAAUACUGUAGUAUCAUAAGUGAAUCAUUCUUCCUUGCUAGGCAUAGAACUUGCUUGUGAUUGAUAAUGGCAAUGUAUAACUUGUAAAAAAAGCAAAACGAUUAAAAAACAUGAAAAAUGAAGAAAAUUCGUUAAAAAAAUCUGUUACCAGUCAGAGGCCAAGGUAAAGGACUCUCAUUUCUUUGUGUUUUUAUUUUUUUAUUAGCAAUUUAUCACUGUGUGAUAUUUUGUACAUCAUAUUAAGCUGUAUUCAAACUAUUUCCUCUAACUACAAGGGAUAAGAGACCUGCUUUUUAUUAAUUUUGUUUUAUUAUAUAUUUUUGAACUGCAUUCUAGCUUGUAUCAAAUGACUCUCUCUUUUUGUUUACGGGUCCCCUGUUGUAUGUCAUUAAGGAAGAAAAAACAAAAAAUGAAGAUUUUGUACAGUGAA